AUAUUCUGGCACAAGUUGGAUUUUCUGUGGGAUUGGGGAAUGUGUGGCGAUUCCCCUAUCUGUGUCAGAAGAAUGGUGGAGCAAAUGGCAGCCUUCUGAACAACAGAGAAAAGAAAUUGAUCAUUAGAGCUGAAGCUUGCUUGGUUUUCAAGUUAAUCCUAAUGCAAGAUGGAGAAGGUGACGCAAAACUUUGAAAUAUGUAAAGUACAUUGGUGCCUGUAUGUGUAUGGAGAUGGACAGAUAAUUCUCACAAGUGCAUAGAAGAAUAGGGGGAGGGAGUGAAAACUUCAAACACAUGGUAAGAAAACAUACACACAUUUUAUAGGAGGUUCUGUUUUCUGCUACACAUAUUUUUUCUAAUAAGUAUUCUAGGUAAAAUUAGAGUAGUUUUGUGUAACCCAUGGAAAUAUCAGUGUCAGAACUGUUCUGUAAUCUGCUCAUAAAGCUUUACUAUAAAUACCUAUUGAUAUCUCUUGAUGUAUCGUAAACUUUCUCUGAAUUUCUCACUAGAACUGUUUCAGUGAAGUGUAUGACUGGGUCUCUACCUUCCAUUUAGACCUUCAUUUUCUUCCCUGUGUUUAAGGAACUUGUAUCUGGAAAAUACCAUGUGAGGGGAGGGAAGUAUAUUAAAAAGUAAUAAUAAAUAAUAGUUAAAUAAAUAAUAAAUCCAGUUCCAAUUUAAACCAAAAAGAAAUAAAAAACAUAGAUACUCAGUAGUUUCCUUCACAGCCUUCAUAUACUGUAUUCUAAAACCACCAGUAAAAGAAAAGGCAUAUCCUAACUGUGUUGACAAGAACAACAAAAUAAACAGAAAAGACACAGCAAGGCUAGCCAAACUAUAUAUAUGUAAUUUGAGAAUUUUGUGGAGAAAAAUUUGUGUGUUUCCCAUCCUGUUUUCAGUAAGAGAUUUAGUUCGUUUAUGGUUGUGGCUUGUGGUAUAAUGACCCUCCUAAUGUCAGAGCUCUCUACUGCUUCAGUGAAAUACCUGUGAUACCAUCUUUAAAAGUAACCUGAGUAGCACUAUGCUGCAGUGAGAAUUUGGAUAUCUAGAUAUCCAUCUCUUGCCAUAUCUAGAUAUCCAUAUCUUUGCCAUCUCUGUUUCUGAGUCUGGUCUGUUCCACCAAACCAACAUCCUUCAAUUUCUUUCUUGUGAUUAUUUAACACGUACUCCUGCUGCUUUAAUUCAUAGCAAUUCAAAAAUAUUUAGAGUAGUAUCUGGUAUUUUUUAUAGUUAACUAACCAGCUAGACAGGGUAGCUUUUUGGUGACUUUCUCACUUACCUUAUUCCCAGGAAAAUGUUUGUUGGGAGAGGUGAGAGAAAAGGCUGUUAUGCAGCUGGAAUGUACUUGGAUCCACAUUGGGGAUGUAGCUGUAAUGCCAAAUGUAUUGAUGGGAAAAGAGUCUGGUAGGAGACUGAGAGCAUUCUAGGGUGCUGGUUUUCUUGACUUGAGAGGGGGGGCACAAAGGAGUUUAAGGCUCUGUGAAAGAGGGGCUGAAGAUGUGUCAGCAAAGUUGUGAGGAACUGACUUUCCUCACCACAGACCCUUCUUACCGCUGGCAGGCAAUGCCCAGACCUCAUCUGGCACUUAAGGCACCUCUUCCACUCUUUGCAGCCUAACAGAUAAAAAAGCUGUUUCAUCCUUGAUUCUUGAUAAAGGCGAUUUGUGCUGGAGCUGAGUAUGCUCAAUUUAAUUUUUGCACUGUAGGAUUUGUUUAUUCCUCCUUUACUACAUGCAGGUGAAUAUGUGUGUUUGUUCAGAUAAGCACAGUUCCUGUAUAACAAUUUCAUAACCUCUCUUAUGGUUCAGAGCUGCCUCGGCCUCCUAUGGUUGAUAGCCUUAAAAAUGAACUGCUCAGGUCUACCCAGUCUUGCCAAGAUGCUCAUAAAUAGUGACAAACUAGAUUUAUAAUUUCCUGCUGCUCAUAACUGUCAGCCAGAGGCCGGCUUGCACACCUUUCACUAUUUUCAAACAAAGAAAAUGCUUAACGUUUAUUCUGUUUGCUUGUCAUUUCCCUUUAGGAUUAGCAGAAGUCUAAUGAUACUGUUACAUAAUUAGAAGUAACAAAGGAAAAUUAAAUGAGCUGAGUGGUACUAGUUAAAAUAGGAUGAGUGUUACUUUGAAGAGAAGCGAGGAGUCUGCAAGGUGCUACAUGCCCAAAGAUUCUGUGUUGCAUUUUUGUGGGCAUUAACUUAAUUUUCCCAAUUUUUCUUCUUUUUUUUUUUUUAAAGUAAGCGUCUAGUAAGCAGUAAGAGCUGGGAUCCCUCUUCAAGACAGUAGUAAACUUCACCAUGAUUGAAAAAAAAUUAAAUCAGACAUCAGACAAUUAAAAUCUAGCACAGCAGCAGAUGAAACCAAUGUGGAAAGUUAAUACGUUUUUCAGGUUACAUCAAGAAUUGCUAAAGGAAGAAAAUUCUUCUGUAGUAUCAAGCCUUGUGAUUAAGGUUGUGGACUGGGACACUGAAGAGCUGGGUUCAGUUCCUGCUCUAGUACAGUCAUCCAGUGGGAUACAGGGUGCCUAUCUUGUGCCAUACUUAAUCUUACUACUGAUAAUAGGGAUUCCACUCUUUUUCUUGGAGCUUGCUGUCGGGCAGAGGAUCCGUCGAGGGAGUAUUGGUGUGUGGAAUUAUAUCAGCCCCAAGCUUGGAGGAAUUGGAUUUGCAAGCUGUGUAGUAUGCUUCUUUGUGGCCCUGUACUACAAUGUCAUUAUUGGGUGGAGCCUGUUUUACUUUUCCCAAUCUUUUCAGCAUCCGUUACCAUGGGACCAAUGUCCUUUAGUUAAAAAUGCAUCUCAUACCUUUGUGGAGCCAGAGUGUGAGAAAAGUUCUGCAACCACUUACUACUGGUACAGAGAAGCACUGAAUAUUUCCAGCUCUCUGUCAGAGAGUGGGGGUUUAAAUUGGAAGAUGACUAUCUGCUUGCUGGCUGCCUGGGUCAUGGUAUGCUUAGCCAUGAUCAAAGGCAUUCAGUCUUCAGGCAAAAUCAUGUAUUUUAGUUCCCUUUUCCCAUAUGUGGUGCUUUUAUGCUUUCUGAUCAGAGGACUGCUCCUUAAUGGGUCAGUGGAUGGAAUUCGUCACAUGUUCACCCCUAAGCUUGAAAUAAUGCUGGAGCCCAAGGUCUGGAGAGAAGCUGCUACUCAGGUGUUCUUUGCCUUAGGGCUUGGAUUUGGUGGAGUCAUUGCCUUUUCAAGCUACAACAAGAGAGACAACAACUGCCAUUUUGAUGCUGUACUGGUGUCCUUCAUCAAUUUUUUCACUUCUGUGCUGGCAACUUUGGUGGUGUUUGCAGUUCUGGGCUUCAAAGCCAAUAUCAUAAAUGAAAAAUGUGUUACCCAAAAUUCAGAGAAGAUUUUAAAACUUUUGAAAAUGGGCAAUCUCAGCCAAGAUAUGAUCCCACAUCAUAUCAAUUUCUCAAGCAUUACAGCAGAAGAUUACAAUUUAGUUUAUGACAUUAUACAGAAAGUCAAAGAAGAACAGUUUGAUUCUCUUGGUCUGAAAUCUUGUCAAAUUGAAGAUGAACUUGACAAGGCAGUCCAAGGAACUGGUUUAGCUUUUAUUGCAUUUACAGAAGCAAUGACCCACUUCCCUGCUUCUCCCUUCUGGUCAGUCAUGUUCUUUCUCAUGUUAGUAAAUUUGGGACUUGGAAGUAUGUUUGGAACCAUUGAAGGCAUUAUCACGCCCAUUGUUGAUACCUUCAAGGUCAGGAAAGAAAUUCUUACUGUCAUCUGCUGCUUGGUAGCAUUUUUUAUUGGCCUGAUAUUUGUGCAGCGCUCUGGAAAUUAUUUUGUGACGAUGUUUGAUGACUACUCAGCUACUCUGCCGCUGCUUAUCGUGGUCAUUUUGGAGAAUAUUGCAGUCAUCCGAAUUUAUGGAAUAGACAAAUUUAUGGAGGACCUGAAGGAUAUGCUGGGGUUUUCUCCAAGCCAGUAUUAUUACUACAUGUGGAAGUAUGUUUCACCAUUUGUACUGUUAUGUUUGCUGGUAGCUAGCAUUGUCCAAAUGGGAUUGAGUCCUCCUGGUUACAAUGCUUGGAUUGAAGAUACGGCUAUGGAAGAGUUCCACAGCUAUCCAACAUGGGGAAUGAUUGUCUGUAUAUCUUUGAUGGUGUUGGCCAUACUGCCAGUCCCAAUAGUCUUCAUGGUACGCCGCUGCAACCUUAUUGACGACACUUCUGGCAGUUUGGCGUCUGUCUCCUACAAAAGAGGCCGGAUAAUAAAGGAACCUGUAAAUCUGGAGGGAGAUAAUACGAGUCUGAUUCACGGGAAGAGUCCGAGUGAAGUGCCGUCUCCAAAUUUCGGCAAAAACAUCUAUCGAAAACAGACUGGGUCACCGACUCUGGACACGGCUCCAAAUGGACGCUAUGGUAUUGGCUACCUGAUGGCAGAUAUGCCUGACAUGCCAGAGUCUGAUUUGUGAGCACAGGAAAAGAAGUGCUGUUUGUUUCUCCUCCCACUGACCACGGCCCUGC